AUGUUAUGUGCAGUCGCGCUGGAUGCAAAUAACCAUCUAUAUCCAGUUGCAUUUGGUAUUGUGGAUAGUGAGAAUCAUGAUUCUUGGAAGUAUUUCAUGUCAAAGCUAAAGGAAGCGAUUGGGGAAGUCGAGGACCUGACGUUUGUAUCUGACAGGCAUACAAGUAUUACACAUGCCUUGGAAACUAUUUUCCCCGAUGCCUAUCACGGUGCUUGCUACCACCACAUUAGUAUGAAUGUGGUUGCUAAAUUCAAGACUGAUCAUUGUCAUGUGUUGAUGUAUAAUGCGGCAUAUGCUUUUAGGAAAUUCGAGUUCCACGCUAACUUCGAAAAAAUCAAAUCAAAAGACCCAGCCAUUGCUCAAUACCUAGAAGGCAUGGGUUUUGAUAUGUGGUCCCGUGCUUACUUUCCUGGAAAUAGGUAUAAUAUAAUGACAAGCAAUUACGCUGAAAGUUUCAACAAUAAGACCCGGGACGCUAGGAGCUUUCCGAUAACUACAUUCGUCGAAUUUAUUCGCUUCACACUACAGUCCUGGUUCUGUGAUAGAAGAGAAACUAGCGAGAAGACAACUACAACUCUUGCACCGACCUAUGAGAAAAUUUUGGUGGAUAUGGCUGAGAAAGCUCGAUUCUUGAUUCCUUAUGCAAUAGGGAGGCAUGAGUUCCAUGUGUUAGAUGAUUACUAUAAAGUUGAGACAUUGAGGUCCUCUUACACAGAAUCUAUAUAUCCUACUGGUAAUGAGGAAGAGUGGAUUGUUCCACAUGAUUAUGACAAUAAAAGUGAGAACACCUGCGCAGAAAAACUCGGUUGGUCGUCCAAAGAAGAAACAAGGUAG